AUGGCCGACACCGCUGGCCUGAACGGCGGUCCUAUCGCCGAGGACAACAUUAUCAACCGUCGCGGCGGUGAGUCGAUCUAUCAGAGCUGCGUCAACCUCAAAAAUCGACUCGCGCAGGUCCCGAAUUUCGAGCCCUACCUGAAAGAGAUGGAAGAGGAGGAUAGCACGCUGGGAAAUACCGAUCCCGUCGCCUCCCUGUGGAAUUAUCUGCGGAAUGGGUACCCCUUGUUGGCCAUCUACAACGCCUCCUGCCCCAGCGAGAUCCUCGAAAUUGAUACCGCGAAAGUCCCUGAGAACAGACGCCCCAAAGCCGCCACCUUCAAAUUCCUCCAGGCCGCCCUGCAGGAAUUAGCCUUUCCGCAGCAGGACUGUUUCCUCAUCACCGACCUUUAUGGCGAGAACACGAUCGGCUUUACCAAGGUGAUUAAGAUGGUGAAUCGGGUGUUGGACAUCCUGGAGAUGCAGGGACAGCUGAUAAGACCUGACGUGACAACCGCCGCACCCGAGAAAGGCACGGUGAAACUGACGAAACGAGAACAUAUCCUGAAGGAAUUGCUGGAGACGGAGCGCGACUACGCGCAUCAUCUUCAAAAUCUACAAGCGCUCAAGAAGGAGUUGGAGGAGACCGGGGCUCUCACAGGUGAUGCUAGCCAUCAAAUCUUCUUGAACUUGAACAAUAUCCUGGAUUUCGCCCAGCGCUUUCUCAUUCGUAUCGAACAACACUAUGCUUUGCCGGAGGAGAAACAAAACUGGGGUGAGGUUUUCAUCCAGCACGAAGAAGCUUUCCGACAGUACGAGCCGUUUAUUGCAAACCAGAUGCGCUGCGACGCAACCUGCAUGAAGGAAUGGGAGAAGAUCCGAGGUGCCCCGCGCUCUCUUGAUCUACAACAGAUGGUGGCGCAACCCGCUACCCUCAACGGUUUCUUUGUCAAACCGUUUCAGCGUCUAACAAAAUACCCUCUGAUGCUUUCGGAACUCCGCAAACAAAUUGAAGACCCGGACCUUCAAGCCGACCUCACUCGCGCCAUCGAUGUCAUUCAGUCUGUUCUAGACUCUGCGAAUAAUGCAAUCGAUAAGGAACACCUUGCAACGGCAUUUAGAGAGCUUGAUGAACGCGUCGAUGACUGGAAAGCCUUGAGGAUCGACACCUUUGGUGAACUGCUUCGUUUCGGCACAUUUACAGUUAUUAAGGGCGAUAAUGGCAAGGAUUCAGAAAGAGAGCAGAAGCCCUCCUUGGUUUGGAAAGUUUACAUGUUCCUCUCGCCCCAAAUCCUGGAUGGUUUGCUCCCAGACGCUCCUAGUCAACCAGGAGUCCUUGCCAAUUCUUUUUGGGCGCACCCCACCCCGCAUCCCUCACUUGGAGUUUUGAGUGCAAAUGAUGCUGCUCCCCACUUGAUUCCUAUCCCCGAGGCAGCUUGGAUCAGUCCAAAGUCGCAGUACCACAUUUAUCUAUUCGAACGAAUUCUCCUGUGUUGCAAGGACAUCAAUCCAAACAAACAGAAAACAAAAUUGAUCGUGGGCAGCAAAGAUAAACCAACCACUACUUCAAGGGGUAAAGCCAAGCUCCAGCUCAAAGGUCGCAUCUAUAUGGCAAAUGUGACGGAUAUCGUUUGGUUGCAGAAACCAGGUUCUUACCGCAUCCAAAUCAUCUGGAAAGGGGAUCCUGGAGUGGUAGACAACUUUGUUAUCCGUUAUCAAAAUGAGGACAUCAUGCGCAAAUGGUACAAGGACAUCAACAACCAGCGGGAGAUUCAGGCCGAGCAACGCAGCGCUCGGAAUACUGGCACAUCUGAAACCGAAUUUACAUACAUGAGGUCGAUGACCAACAUUCCCAACCCGUACCAGCAGGAGUAUGAUGCCGAAGAGCAAGCUACCAAGGAAGCUGGUUUCUUCUCGGAGUUUCCAAUGAGUCGAAAUGCAUCGAGCACGAGUCUUCGCACCCGCUCUGCGACAGGAGGAAGCGGUAGUUCUGGCCCCCCUCUAUCAUCUGGCCGACCUCCUCGCUUUCCUGGAAUGCCCGACCCAAGUCUAUCAGUGCAUACCCAGUUCCCCAAUCAGUUCCCCGGUGGGAGCAUGUCACCCGCAGAGAGAAAUGCAAACUCUUAUUUUUCCCCCGUCGCCGAAACGCCCUCAACCCGCUCCAGUUCUCAAUCAGCUGCCUAUUCUUAUAAUAAUCGCCAACUCACCCCAUCCACCACAUGGAGUGAGGACAGUAAUAGAUAUACGGCUCCUGCAUUGUCUCGCGCAACAUCAAGGGAUGGCCCCGGUUCAAAUCCUUAUUUCAACGGCGCACCCAAUGGGCGAGGUGCCCAGCGCCCUUCUUUGCCUCCCUUGUCUGCUCAUGGCCAAACGAAUGGCACCGCGCAGAGGAUGCGCUCCGCAAGUAGCCCUGACAUCCAUCAUCAUAACCCUGAAUCUCGUCGGUAUAUGGGUGCACACACUAUGCAGACUAUCGAUAACGUGCCGGUCCCCCCCAUUCCUACCCACAUGGCCAACAUGAAAGCACCAGUCAACCGCAGCCAGAACAAUUCUCCUACCAACAACAACCUCCCAAUCCGCUCAGGGAACCACAUUCCCAACUCGCAACUGCACCAUGAACCGCGGCAAAUGCCUUCCACUCACUUCAAUGAGCCUCAGUAUUCCGAAGGCCGACCAAACGGAUCAGCUCCAGACCAACCAACUUCGCCAUUAAGCCAUGAACCCGAUGAGGAACCUGUCAUGCCUACCCAACUCAAGGCCAAGGUGAACUUCGAUGAGAACUACGUAACGCUGGUUAUUUCCAGCAAUAUCAUGUUCCGAUCGCUAACUGACCGGGUUGAUGCUAAACUUGCUCGAUUUACCAACCGCUCAAUUGGUAGCAAAUCAGUCCGGUUGCGUUACCGCGAUGAGGAUGGAGACUUUGUGACCAUUGAUAGCGACGAGGCUGUUCAGCUGGCGUUCAUGGAGUGGCGAGAGCAGCACCGGGAGAUGCUCUCGCGAGGUCAAGUGGGUGAAAUUCAACUUUACUGUCAAGCAGUUGAGAAUUAG